AAUGGUAAGAAAGAGAUUAUACAAGUUUUAUUGCAAAUUCUUGCCCGUGGGCUAAUUGCAGGUAACAUACAAGAUUCAACCAUUACGUGCAACUUGAAAAUGUGUGUAAGAAAAGUGUGUAACACAUUGACUAGACAAUAUACCAGAUUAACGUGCACUCAGAUUUUGGCUCUUUAUGUGGAUUCUUAACCUUUUCUAGAGUUAAAAUUGUUAAAGUGUUGCCAUCGAAUAGGGUCAAUUCAGCCCCCAAAAUGCAAAUCACAAAUGGGGCAGGGGUUAAUGCCUUUGCCCCAUGUUAAGAAAUGUGCCCUUGAACAGGUCUUACCCCAGACUGUGUCAACACCUCAAGGACAGCUUUAAUGAAAUUACACGGUGAGUGCACCUGGUUACACAUGACCGGUAGUCAGCCGAGACGACCGACUUACUGUCAAUCAAUGUGACGUCAUAUGGAACAACCAAUAGGAGGCGACAAGAGAGUGCAUAAGGAGGUACAUGACAACUUUUUGGACUUAGUCAUCAUUGUUAACCUUUCCUCGAUAGAGUAUAGAUUGUGAGUUGAGAAAGAUGGCUGUAAAUAUCCCAGGAAUUAUCGCGAUUGUUAUUUUCUACCUGGCCAUUCUGGCUAUCGGGGUGUGGGCUGCACGUCGCGGGGCAUCGAAGGAGGCAGAGGGCACCCCUCGGAGCGAACGUGUCAUGCUGGCCGGACGGGACAUCGGGGUGUUCGUCGGGAUUAUGACCAUGACUGCGACGUGGGUGGGUGGAGGCUACAUUAAUGGAACAGCGGAAGUGAUCUUUGACCCCCUGCAAGGGUUCAUCUGGUGUCAAGCACCGUUUGGCUAUUCCAUUGGUCUCGUUCUGGGGGGACUUUUCUUCGCCAAGAAGAUGCGAGCCGAGGGGUACGUGACGAUGUUGGACCCGUUCCAGCAGCGGUACGGAGAGAGGAUGGGCGGGCUGCUCUUCAUCCCCGCCCUGCUGGCUGACGUCUGCUGGUGCGGAGCUAUCCUAGCAGCUCUCGGUGCAACCCUGAGCGUAGUGUUGGGGCUAAACUUCACCCUGUCAGUCAUCAUCUCAGCCGCCAUCGCAGUUUUCUACACCCUACUGGGAGGGCUGUACUCCGUCGUCUACACGGACGUCCUACAACUGUUCUGCAUAUUUGUCGGGCUGUGGAUCUCCAUCCCGUUCGCCCUGACGAACCCCCUGGUGUCGGAAAUCGGGACCACCACCCUGACACGGCUCCUGUACACACCUGUAAACGCCUCCGUCUACAACAGAACAUUCAACGAGACAGAGACGGCGGGCUGGUACGGGACGUGGGACAUGAAGUACACGGGGGUGUGGAUAGACUUUGCCAUGCUCUUGAUGUGCGGCGGGAUUCCAUGGCAGUGUUACUUCCAACGUGUCCUCUCCUCCAAGUCUCCUGCGCGUGCGCAGUGGUUGUCCAUCGCGGCCGGCCUGGGUUGCGUCAUCAUGUCCAUCCCGUCUAUACUGAUCGGAGCCAUCGGCGCCUCAACAGACUGGCCCAAAACAGCAUACGGCAAGGACCCGGCUGUUGAAGGACAAGCUAGCCUGAUCCUGCCCCUAGUCCUGCAGUACCUGACUCCGACGUGGGUGUCGUUCUUCGGACUCGGCGCCGUGUCAGCAGCGGUCAUGUCCUCGGCUGACUCCUCGGUCCUGGCGUCCAGCUCACUCUUCGCACGGAACGUCUACAAACUCAUCUUCAGACAGAAGGCAGUUGUUUGGCGAUUUUUCAAAAAAAUUUAAUAUCAUUAUUGGACUAUAGUCUGUUACAAUAUCCAACGCAAAAAUUGGACUCACCCAAAUAUUCGACUUAGCAGUGACUAGUCAAAGAAUCAACAAUCCACUGCUGUCGUGACGUCACGUUAUGCAGAUAGAACACGUGACUCAGUAAGCAGUGGAUCAUAAGUUGAAGGAAUUCUAUGGCGCCCACCGUCUCUGUUCAGAAAUGGUUGUAAAUCUUUUUGUUUUGGACAUUACAGUUUGACUAGUCCAAUAAUGACUUCUACCAUUGAACAAAGAUAAACUUUCAAUUUACAAUUUCAUAUCCUUUACUAUGAAAAUAGCCCAUCAAAAGAAUGUUUUGUCUGCCAGAUAACCGCUACUUCUGGAAACAGAGGGAUGCACCUGCACUCGAAUCGCAAUAUUUAUAUUUCACUCCAUACCACCGUAGGAGGGAAAUAUAUUGUUUUUCCAUUAUAUUCUAGGCGACGGAGACAGAGCUCGUGUGGGUGAUACGUUUGUCACUCUUUGUCGUGGGAACCAUGGCAACGGCUCUGGCGCUGACUGUCAAAUCCAUCUAUGGGCUGUUUUUACUGUGCGGGGACUUGGUGUUUGUGAUCCUGUUUCCCCAGCUGGUGUGCGUGGUGCACCUCAAGUUCACCAACACCUACGGCUCUCUGUGCGGUUACAUCGUGGGGAUGGUCCUCAGGAUAUGCGGAGG